AUGGGAUUGCUUUCCUUGGGUACUCCACUAGACUGGCACGAGUCUAAGAAACACAAUGAACAUGUCAGAGACAACGGAAUUACGCAGUUGAUGAACAUUUUUCGCCAACAUUAUAAUAGAGACAAUGAUAGAUUUUUAUGGGGAGAUGAGGUCGAGUAUAUGUUGGUUGAUUUAGAUGACCAACUGAAGACUGCGAAGUUGGCUAUCGAUAAGGACUAUGUGUUGGACGACUUGAAUGACGAAGCCAAGUCACUUCCAAAGGCUCAGGAAAACAACGUCUUGUUUCACCCCGAAUAUGGCAGAUACAUGAUUGAAGCAACACCAGCAAAACCAUACGACGGAGACAAACUCGAGGAUUACAUCUAUGUCGAAGAUAAUAUGAUUAAACGCAGAGAAUUGAGCAUUGGAGAGCUUCCGCCUCAUAUCAAACCAUUGACUAUAACCGCAUUCCCGAGGAUGGGCUGUGGCAACUUUACAUCACCACCAGCAAAACCAAUUGGGCCUGCGUCGCAAUCAUUAUUCUUACCUGAUGAGAUUAUUAACCGACACGCGCGGUUCCCCACUUUAACUGCCAAUAUACGAAAGAGGAAAGGUCACAAAGUAGCAAUGAAUUUGCCCAUGUACCCUGAUAAGCGUACAAAGUUAUUGGACGACUCAAUACCAACUAAUCGUCAGUUGUUCAAGAGCGAUAUAGAGCCCCACAUUGGCGCGUCCCGGCCUGGUCAUGUAUAUAUGGAUUCAAUGGGGUUUGGUAUGGGAUCAAGCUGUUUACAAAUCACCAUGCAGUGUCAAAACAUCGACGAGGCGAGAUACUUGUAUGAUACUUUAGUACCAGUGGCACCUAUAUUGUUGAGUUUAACCGGUGCUGCACCUAUCUUCAAAGGGUACUUGGUGGAUCAAGAUGUGAGGUGGAAUGUGAUUUGUGGCGCUGUUGAUGAUCGUACAUUUGUUGAGAAAUCUCAAGAACCGUACCCCAGCUAUCAUUUAUUUGGGGGAUUGGACAUAGAUGAGAAAGAGAAUUUGCUGGUGAAUAACCACAGUGUGAAUGCUUAUGGAGAUUUGCAAGAUUUGUGCACAAAAGACGGCAAGCCUAUUCAAAGAGUACCAAAAUCGCGAUACGGGUCGGUGGAUAACUAUCUUGGCGAUCACAAAUACGACACAAGUUACUUUAAAGAUGGAUAUAAUGACCUAAAUGCGCCGAUAAAUUCUAAAAUUUAUAAUCGUUUAGUCAACGAUAAACUAGGACAAUUUGACAAGUACUUGGCCAACCAUUUUGCUCAUUUGUUUAUCAGAGACCCCUUGGUCAUAUUCAGCGAGCGAAUUAACCAGGACAAUACUUUGAGCAAUGACCAUUUUGAAAACAUUCAGAGUACCAACUGGCAAACCCUACGCUUUAAGCCGCCAGCGUUGUACGAAAAGGGCGCAGAUGGGGAAAUCGACUUCAGUGACAAACCAGGGUGGAGAGUUGAAUUCAGGCCAAUGGAGGUUCAGAUUACUGAUUUUGAAAAUGCUGCAUUUUCGUCAUUCAUUACUUUACUAUCACGAGCUAUUUUGAAAUUCAAACCAAAUUUGUAUAUUCCCAUUCUGAAAGUUGAAUUGAACAUGACCUUGGCACAUAAGGUCGACUCUGUAUUGAAUGAUAAGUUCUGGUUCAAGUCAAUGGAUUCGUGGAACUUAGAUUAUCAUGAGUUUACAGGGUAUGACUUUACCUGGUUUGAUCGGUUUUUGAUGGAGGGUAAUGAUGUAUUAGAAGAUGGGCCUGUUUACUUAAAGGGAUAUUCCUCGAGUGCAAGUCUUGCUGGUAUGAACGGAAAGACCAAUGGUAACGGUGUGGGGCAUAAUAAUGCCCAAAUGAAUGGAUCGGCCGCAAAAUGCAAGAAAGGGUGCGAGGGAAAAACAGUUGAAGAGGUAAAUGAUGUUGACGACUUUGGCAUGGAUCAACGUUACACUCUAAACGAAAUCAUUAAUGGAGAUGGCAAAUUCCCCGGUUUAAUUAGUUUGAUUAUUAAAUUAAUCGCCACUGAAUUAGUUCCAGAAUGUUGCCAGCAUUGUCCCGACUCCAAAUGUGCUCAAACAUUGAUCAGAUUGAAGUACUAUCUCAUAUUGAUCUCGAAACGUGCCAGCGGCGAGAUACCGACUGCUGCACAUUGGAUGAGACAAAAAGUGUUGAACAGUGCAAACUACAAGCAAGAUUCCAAAAUUUCAGAAUCAAUGAAUUAUGAAUUAAUCGAUGACAUUGAUCAAUUAACUCAUUUGAAGGAUAAGGAAUUGGUGACUGAUUUCUUUGGUGACGUUAUCAGUGAAUAUUUGUUGAAUAAUAGAACGCCUCGGGAAUGA